AUGGCCACUUCGCAUCCGAAUGACGAAGAAAUGAUCGACCAGAAACUUGCUAUCGAGACCACCACAAGCAACACCAAACAGGCUCCUAGUCGCCAGGCCCUGAUCGAGGCUCUGCAAGCGGAAAGGCCGUCACCAUGGUCUCCAAAUCUAAGAAAGUUGUACAUGUUCUGCGUAAUCGCUUUUCUGUGCUCGAGCAUGAACGGUUAUGAUGGCUCUAUCUUUGGAUCCCUGCCCGCUCUGGAAUCGUUCCGAGACCAGUUCGGGGUGGAGAAGAACGGUGCGAAAAUUGGGUAUAUAUCCGCCAUGUAUACGGUGGGUGGAAUUUGCUCGCUGCCAUUCAGUGGGCCAGCUUGCGACUUUCGUGGUAGACGAUGGGGCACUUUUGUCGGUUCCUUGAUUGUCGUGGCCUGUACCUUCCUCUCCGCACUAUCCCAUGGGGUUCCUCAAUUCGUGGCUGGUCGUUUCUUUUUAGGAUUCGGGGUGAAUAUAGUCCGAUCAACCAGUUCCAUCUGGUGUGCUGAAGUCUGCCCGCCGGCAUAUCGUGGAAUCAUCAUGGCGUUUUACAACUGCACCUAUGCGGUUGGAUCGUUGAUCGCUGCGGGGGUAACCCGAGGGUCGGCAGGAUAUGCAGGCAAUAAAUCAUGGCAAAUCCCAUUAUGGUGCCAAAUGAUCUGCCCUGGGAUUGUGCUGAUAUCUGUGCUGUUCUUCCCUGAGUCUCCGCGGUGGCUUUAUUCCCAUGGCCAGGAAGAGCAGGCACUGGAAUUCCUUGCGAAGUACCACGGGGAAGGAAAUCCCUCCCAUCCUCUUGUGCAGCUACAACUCCAGGAAUACAGGGAGUUCAUAUCCCUGUCGGGGUCCGACAAACGUUGGUGGGACUUCCGCGAUUUCUACAAAACAAAAGCAGGAAGAUGGCGUUUUAUCAACGCUUUAAUAACCGGUAUCUGGGGUCAAUGCUCGGGAAACGCUGUUGUCACCUAUUAUCUCCCUGCGAUGCUUCUCACCACUGGUAUUACCGACUCUAAUCAGGUCUUGAACGUGAACCUUGGCUAUACUGUGGUUUCCACAGUCGCAUCCUACCUGGGGGCGAGUCAAAUCGAGCGGAUGGGUCGACGGCCAACCAUUAUCUGGACAGCUGUGGCCUGCUCAAUUUGCUUCGCCUGUAUUACCAUUGGUUCAGGUAUAUUCGAUCGUACCCAAGCUACCCCUGCCGCCUCUGCCGGAAUUGCAUUCAUUUUCAUUUUUGGCUUCUGCUACAAUUUCGGGAUGACACCUCUUCAAGCACUAUAUCCAGUGGAGGCGCUCUCGUAUGAAACCCGUGGGAAGGGUGUCGGCCUUACUUUCUCCAUUGCGCAUGGUUUCACCUUACUCAACCAAUUUUGCUUUCCUAUCGCGCUCAAGAAUAUUGGUUGGUAUACAUACAUUGUUUUCAUUGUGUGGGAUCUGUUCGAAGCGGCGGUCAGCUACUUUGUCUCCGUUGAAACCAAAGGACACACUUUAGAAGAACUGUCAGAAAUUUUUGAAAGCCCAAAUCCUGUCAGGGCUUCUCUCCAGAAAACUAUAUAG